UUCCAUAAGAAAUUUCAAACGGAUUAAACGUUCAUACAAAAGCAGAAUGCUACUCAACCUUAAAGUACUCAUUUUCAUUAUUUGGUCAUAUACCAUAUUUAAUUAUACAAAUGCCGUAGAUUUUUCAGAUGCUACUGCUCUGUUUACGAAAAAUAACUUAAAAUGCUAUCAGUGUAGCACUCUAGAGAAUGACGACUGUAAAAAUAGCACAUUGAUCGUGAAGAAUGCAUCUUUUGUCAAAGAAUGUAAACCGGAUGCUACGGGUUGUGUUAAACAAUUUGUAGAAAGAUCUGAUGGACGUAAAGCCACUUUUUAUGAGUGUUAUUAUGGUGAUAUUAGUUCCUUAUACACAGAUUUUGCCUGCGAAGGCAUCGCUAGAACUCGUCAGUAUGAUGAGGCCCAGUGUUUUAAAUGUAAAGGAAACUUGUGUAACAAUAGUAAUCGUUUGACACUUUCCAUACAUGGAGUGAUGUUGUUAACAUUUUUGGCGUUCCUAAAUUGUCACUUUUCCAUCAAGAGUGUAAUGUAGUUUUAUGU